CUCGCUCUCGGCACCAGGCGGCCCAGCAGGACGGCUGUAGAACCGCCGGUGGAGGCGGCGCGGCCGGGCCUUCUCUUCCUGACGGAGCAGCAGCGGCUGCGAAGGCGGCGGCGGCGAAGAAGGAGAAGAAGAAGAAGUCGCCUCACGGCGUCUCCCAGGCCAUGGCGGGCGUCUUCGAUAUCGACCUGGACCAGCCCGAAGAGGCGGCCUCGGACGAGGAGCUGGAGGAAGGGGGUCACUUAAGCGAAAGCAUGGACCAUGGUGGAGUCAGUCCCUAUGAGCUUGGCAUGGAGCAUUGUGAAAAAUUUGAGAUUUCAGAAACAAGUGUGAAUCGAGGUCCUGAGAAGAUACGCCCUGAAUGCUUUGAACUUCUCCGUGUUCUUGGAAAAGGUGGCUAUGGGAAGGUAUUCCAAGUUCGAAAAGUGACAGGAGCAAAUACCGGUAAAAUUUUUGCCAUGAAGGUGCUGAAAAAGGCGAUGAUAGUUAGAAAUGCGAAAGAUACAGCUCACACGAAAGCAGAGCGGAACAUCCUGGAGGAGGUCAAGCAUCCCUUCAUUGUGGACUUGAUUUAUGCCUUUCAGACGGGUGGAAAACUCUACCUCAUCCUUGAGUAUCUUAGUGGAGGAGAACUGUUCAUGCAGUUGGAGAGAGAGGGGAUAUUUAUGGAAGACACAGCGUGCUUCUACUUGGCUGAAAUUUCUAUGGCUUUGGGGCAUCUGCACCAGAAGGGGAUCAUUUAUCGAGAUCUAAAGCCCGAAAACAUCAUGCUCAACCAUCAAGGUCAUGUUAAGCUGACCGAUUUUGGACUGUGUAAAGAAUCUAUCCACGAUGGAACGGUCACGCAUACAUUCUGUGGAACAAUCGAAUACAUGGCCCCUGAAAUCUUGAUGAGGAGUGGGCACAACCGUGCUGUGGACUGGUGGAGUUUGGGGGCGUUAAUGUAUGACAUGCUGACUGGAGCACCCCCAUUCACUGGGGAGAACCGGAAAAAAACCAUUGACAAGAUUCUCAAGUGUAAACUGAACUUGCCUCCCUACCUCACGCAAGAAGCCAGAGACCUGCUUAAAAAGCUGCUAAAGAGAAAUGCUGCCUCACGCCUGGGAGCUGGUCCUGGAGAUGCUGAAGAAGUUCAGGCUCACCCUUUCUUCAGACAUAUUAACUGGGAAGAACUGCUUGCUCGGAAGGUGGAACCCCCCUUUAAACCUUUAUUGCAAUCGGAAGAAGACGUGAGCCAGUUUGAUGCAAAGUUUACCCGUCAGACUCCGGUCGAUAGUCCAGAUGAUUCAACCCUCAGCGAAAGUGCCAACCAGGUCUUCCUGGGCUUCACGUAUGUGGCUCCUUCCGUACUUGAAAGCGUAAAAGAGAAGUUUUCUUUUGAACCAAAAAUCCGAUCGCCUCGCCGAUUCAUUGGCAGUCCACGGACACCAGUCAGCCCUGUAAAAUUCUGUCCCGGGGACUUCUGGGGAAGAGGGAGCGCCUCCGGUGUGACAAACCCUCAGGCGCCAGUGGAGUACCCCAUGGAGACCAGCGGGAUGGAACAAAUGGACGUGACCGUCUGCGGAGAGGCCUCGGCGCCGCUCCCGAUCCGUCAGCCCAACGCGGGGCUGUACAAAAAGCAAGCCUUCCCCAUGCUCUCCAAGCGGCCGGAGCACCUGCGCAUGAAUCUAUGACACAAUCAGCAUCAAUCCUGUCCCUUCCCUCCUGAAACACCCCACACACCCCACACACUGUGCUUGGGUAUCAUAAGGGUGGGAGGACACACCUCACAGAGGGCAGAUCCCUCCCAUCAUGCCGAAAUAUUGAGGGCUUUUGUGAGUUUUCUUUUCCCCCCUUCUCUUCUGUGACAGUAUCAAAGCCAGUUAUUGCACAGGAAAAUGGACAGGAAGAAGACUGAGAACCAUGGAUCUCUCCUUGCCCUCUGCGCCCCCCCUCCCCCCCGGCAGUUCUCUCUUUCAUUUGAAUCCACGGUGCAUGAAAGGGGAGCUGGAGUCAAAUGGUACUGUAUGAACUUCUCGAAGCUCAGCAGCAAACAGGUAGGCACGAGCCUGCCAUCUUUUCCUCUCAUCAUGGAUUUUUUUUUCCGAUCGAUAACUUGAAGCUGACAGUAUUGUGGGGGGGCAGCAGGGCUUGGAGGUUUCUCCUUCAUCAUUUCAUUGGAAAGGUGAGCCCAACACGGACGGGUAAGAACAGUAAGGCGUGCCGCCUCCCGGCCUUGCAGCCCGAGGACUUAUCGGCACGCAGGUGCACACACAAGCUGCUUCCAGAUGGCUCCUGGCAGUCGUGCGAAGCGGGAGCGCCGAAACAAGAUAACGAACAGUGGGUGUUCCACACGCAAAAACAAUCUGAAUGAUUUUUUUAAAAAAAGAAAGCAAAAAGUAUAUAUAUAUUUUUUUCAGAUAAGUUUUUUCCCCUCCCCCUGCCUCCCAGUGUCCCAUACUUGGAAAAGACUAAGUUGUCGAUUGGAUGAAACAAAAAAAAAAAAAAAGACUUUUAAUUUUUAUUUGUCAUCUUCCUGUAGAGAAAUAAUGGUUUUGUCAAAAAAAGAAAUUAAAUAAAUCACUGUUAAUGUUGUUAUUGGGAUUGAGGUGGGUGAACAAUCACUCUGCUGUCACUCCUGCAGCGAGAAGCGAGAUUGGACCUGGCGGUCAUUGGUACCGAAAUCUCGGCUGAUGCAGAAACCACAUGCUCCCACCCAGCGCCUGUGGUUUUCCUCAAGGGUAUAUCAUGUUGGCAGGCUCUCUUUCUAUGGAGAUGGGGCUGUAUGCAUGUCUAAAUCCCCCCCCCUCUAAUCCCCCCACCCCUCAAGGCUUGGGUUGCUGUCUUGGGCGUUCAUCCUCCCAAGUAGAAACCUGGUAGUAAGAACUUGCAUUUCUUUAUAUUCCUAUGCCGGUCUUAGGCUUUGCCCAAGAUAUCUCAAAGGUGUGUGGAUUGUGAAUGCCAUCAGAAAGGGUAGCCAAAGAGGGGGUAUAAUCAAGAGUUGAUACAAGGUUUUGGAACGGCAGACUUCUUAUCCGUUCUUUCAAAAAAUUUUAUUGACCGUUAGUUACGCCCGUCUUGCAGCUGAAAUAGAGACGCUCGGUAGAGAUGCCUUUCUCCCCUCCCCUCCCUUGGCCCCGUUUGCUUGUUUUCCACAAUGAUUUACGGUAACUUUUCCGGAUGCUGUGCUGGGGCUAUCCACUGAUUGUAUUGAUGUGAAACAUAAAAGCAUAAAAACAAGUGUUUAAGAUGGCCUUUUCAACGAAUGUCUUCCAGAGAACGUUUGCAACUCUCUCUUUUUUUUUUUGAAACGUUCAAAAGGUUUACUAUUUAUGUUUUCUGCGAUUGUUGUUGGAGGAGGAGGAGGAGGAGGAGAAAAUAUCUGUACUAAUGACUUUACAGAUACAAAGAAUUAAAUAAAGGUAUCUUUACCUUAACUUAAAACACUUCCUGCCUUAAAGAAAGCGUUUCCGUGGACAGAGCUGGUUGAAAGGGUUGACUGUGGUCUGCAGAGUUUUACGCAAGUGUAGAGUGGGCACGAGUGUGUAUGUGUGUGCGUGUGUGUGGCUUGUGUUGGCCUUCGUGUCCUUUGUGCCACAGUGGAACAGGUUUUGGUGUUUCUUUUUCUAGCUCCUCGAUGUGCUCGACUUGGCCUCUGCUGCAUUGUUUUGCUUCUGUUCUUGAGCCAUAGGAUCCAAGCCAUAACGCUUUUGGGGGGGAAAAAUAAGUUAUAGUUUUAUUUGAAACUCAUCAGGGGCUUCACCUUCCACCAUAUGGCAGUGAGCAAAAUAUUAUUGAUGCAACGCCCAACAGGUGGGACUUGUGCUUAAAGACCUGCUUUUUAGGGAUUUGGCCUCUCACCCUACCUUGGACUGUCCCAGAGGAUGAUUUUGGGGGAGGAAGGAGUACAGGAGGCUGCAGUGAGAAGAGAAGGGAUUUCUAACCAUAGCAUUGCUUCCUAUGACCAGGAUUGAGGUUAAUAUAUAAUGAUUUCCACCCAUAGUGGGCAACCUUGGCAUUCCAGCUGCCGAAGGCUACUGCCCAUCAGCUAGCCCUAGCCUGCCUGGCUGAUGAUGAGUAAAAUAAUGGUUUGUCAACAUUCAGGGAGUCGAGAUUCUUCAUGGUAGCUUCCACUUGGUUUUCCCUUGAGAUGCUCCUUCCCAUCCUUUAUUGUAGCAAAUUUAAGGGAAGUAGCCCAAGCAAAAUACAGUACGGCCGCUUUAUCUGUAAGCCACCUAGAGUGGUCUUAAUUGACUAGAUAGGCGGG